AUCAUUUUGAUAGAAAGUGUAGAACGUAAAUUCGUCCCAAAAAGUUUGUUUCCCUCACGCAAAAUAGAAUCAAAUAAGAGGCACGAAAAUACUGAACGACAAAAGCAAUACACACACACGAUCUCAUCUCUCUCUCUCUGUGAAUUCUCUCAUUUGUGAUUGUGUUAGGUUUUUCAAUUUCGACACCCAUUUUGCCUCUGACUUCUAAAAAGUUUCAACCCCAAUUGUUGCAAAUGCGACCCAAUUGUUGCCACAUUUCCUUUGCUUUCGUCCUCAAGUUCCUGAAUUUUCUUCAGGCUUUCGUUGGGGUUUCAAUCGUAGUAUACUCCGUAUGGAUGCUCAACCAGUGGAGCCACCACGUUCCCAUUUCUCCACCACCUUCAGCUCCAUCCCCAGCUUCUUCUCUCUCCCUUUUCGUGGAUUCUGAAUCAGCUUGGGUAUCCAACCCGAUCACCAGAGUCAAUCUUGCGGCCGAUAUCGUUUCCGGGUUCGAUGGCGGUUCUGGGUUGGAGCUCGAUGUGAAUUCCUUUCAGCUUCCCGCUCCUUGGUUCAUCUACUCUUUCAUGGGAGUGGGCAUUAUCUUGUGUUGCAUUACUCUCAUAGGUUGCAUUGCUGCCGAAGUAAUUCAUGGCUGCUGCCUAUGUUUUUAUACUUUCCUCAUUACUGUAUUCAUACUAAUAGAGGCGGCUCUGGUGGCAUUCAUUGCAAUUGAUCGUAAUUGGGAAAAGGAUCUUCCAAUUGAUCCGACUGGUGAACUUGAGAGCCUUGUAUCUUUCAUUGAAGACAAUAUUGACAUCUGUAAAUGGGUUGGUAUAGCUGUCGUUGUCAUUCAGGCAUUAUCUCUUCUACUCUCAAUAAUUCUGCGAGCCAUGCUUUCUACUCGGAGACCUGACUUUGAUAGUGAGGAAGGCUAUGAUGGUAGGAGUAGAACUUGGGAACCACUGCUAAAUCCACAAUCAACCCAACCAUCUGUGUCAACCAAGGGUGAUGGUAGAGGGACUCACUCUGACAUCUGGAGCUCACGGAUAAGGGAGAAGUAUGGACUGAACGCAAAUCAGAACACAUCAGUGAGCUCAAACUCAAGGCAGUGAAGGCCGCAGAAUGUUUCCAUCUCACAUUUCAGAAAAAGGCCGGUAGAAUGCCCGCUCCAUGUCAAUACCAGAGCGUUUGUUAUACAUAAUUGCUUUGUAGAUUUUUUGCCGUUUGCCUUUCUUGAAGAGUGAGUGCGUGCGUGCGUGUGUGAUGUAUAUACUCAUUUAAGGGCGUGUGUGGUAACUUAUUAUUGUGUGCGUGGAAGUCCUUGCAAGUUUUAUACUCUUUGUUUGUUAAAGGAAAAAGGUGGUUGUUUUGGUUAAUGCGGUGUUU